AUGGUUACUACUACGGCGAUUCUGACGCGACAGCCGACGCGAGAGACGCGGCGGUUGUCGAUUGUAGAAAGUGAAGAUGGAUGGACGCUGCUGAAUCAAUAUAAACUGAAAGAUGAGAUCGGGAAAGGAUCGUAUGGGGUUGUCAAAUUGGCGUACAACGAACAAGACGACACUCAUUAUGCAAUGAAAAUACUGUCAAAGAAGAAGCUACGAAAGAAGGCUGGCUUUUACAGUUGUAAUAAUAAUAAUAAUCGGCCCUGUCCGCCAAUGAGAAUGUCGCACGGUGUGGUUGGCUGCCCGCUGGAGCAGGUCUACCGGGAAAUCGCCAUUUUGAAAAAGUUAGACCAUCCGAAUAUCGUCCGCCUAAUCGAAGUUCUCGACGAUCCGGAAGAAGAUCCUAUAUAUUUGGCUUUCGAAUUCGUCGAAAGAGGUUGUGUUCUAGAUGUACCGACAGACACCCCACUAUCUGAGGAGGUAUCCAGAUUGUACUUCCGAGACGUCGUUCUUGGUAUAGAAUACCUACAUUUCCAGAAGAUCAUACAUCGUGAUAUCAAACCAUCCAACCUAUUGUUGAGUGACUCUGGCAGGAUUAAGAUAUGUGAUUUUGGAGUCAGUGAUGAGUUCAUUGGCACAGACUUGCAGCUAACAAAUACGGUUGGUACGCCUGCUUUUAUCGCCCCUGAAGCUUUGGUGGAAGGGCGAGGAAGUUUUUCCGGGAAGGCUACUGAUGUCUGGGCCAUGGGAAUUACCCUGUAUUGUUUCGUAUUCGGAAAGGUUCCAUUUCACGACGAGAAUAUUAUGGGACUGCAUAAGAAAAUUCUUAUUGAGGCUCCAUCCUUCAAAGAAAAGAUUGAAAUUAGUGAUCAUCUAAAAGAUCUCCUUACGAGAAUGCUAGCAAAAGCACCAUCCACCAGAAUAACACUGGAUAAAGUUAAAAUUCACCCAUGGCUGACGAAAAGUGGUAGCGAGCCGCUAAUUAGCGAGCUAGAGAAUUGUCAAGCUCUAGUUACUGUAAGCGCUGACGAUGUUAAGAACUGCGUUAAAGCUGUUCCCAGAAUAGCUACACUGGUUAGCAGAUGA